AUGAGGUGGGAAGAUUAUGGCUAAGAGGGUACGGGGUUUCCUUUUGUGAUUAUGAAAAUGUACUAAAAUUGAUUGUGGUGAUGGAUACACAACUCUGACUAUACUAUGGUACAUUUUAAAUGGGUUAAUUAUGUGCUAUGAGGAUUCUACCUUAAAGCUGAAGGUCAGAGAGAGGACUGAUGAGCUGGGAGCUCAUUUUACGGGCUAGCAGGCUCAUCUUUAUAAAUAUGCAGAGCGCCGCCUGGGACUGAACCAACAAGGAGAAAGUCUUGAAGAAGAGAGAGCAUUUCAAGAGCUUCCGUGGCCCGGAACUGGGGGCAAACCCCGCCCACCGUGUCCGUGCCGCUUCUAACUCGGUCCCCUGCCCUCGGACAUCCCAGCGUUGCGCCUCGGACGUGGUGGGUGCAACAGCCAGCUCGGGACCCAGCUCCAGCCCGCUCCCCAGACAUCCGCAAGCAGCGGCUGCCACCCGGGACCCAACCCCUCUGCUCUUGAGGCCCCGUCCCGUACGCUGACCUCCUGGCGGAAACCGGAAGCGGAAGUGCUAAUCGGAAACCGACUCACUUCGAGCUCCGCCCCGCUUCUAAUGCGUUGGCUCCCCGGAGGUUUCGAGCUUCCGCGACUGGUGGGGAAUCGCGGGUGCGCCGCGCCCGAGGGACCGAGGCCGCCCGGGUCCGUCCCAGAGCCUCGGUCGGCUUCGCCCGCGCGGGUGGGGGUCGGGGCCGCGGCUCGGGGUCCCGAGUGGAGGCAGGGCCUUCUCUCUGCCCGCUGUGAGCCUCUCUGCGAAAGCUGCCAGAACAAACCGUGUCCUUUCUCCAGAGGAGAAACGUGUACGCGGUUGUGGAAAACGGCCGCAGCGCCCCUUCUCUCCGACGUGGCGAUUGCGAUAUGGCGAAAGAGUGAUGGUUGAUGAUUGAGGAAAAAUGUCUGAUGUUUAAUGAUGGAUGUUGUGAACCAAUUAGCCAGAUACUCCAGUGUAUGAAGAGAAAUUGAGAUCAACGUCUUAAACUCAAAAGCUCCUCUGAAGUGGUCUGAGCAAGAGAUGGAAUAUUCUGGAAACUCUAUCAGAUUCACAGGAUGGCAGCCCUUGAUGUGAAUCAGAGGAAAGGAAACUCGAAGAGGCUAGGAUGGUGGCUGGGUUACUGAUGGAUUCUUCUCAGCACUUAGUGACCUUUGAGUAUGUAGCUGUGGACUUUACCCAGGAGGAGUGGACUUUGUUGGAUCAAACACAGAUUGUUCUCUACAGAGAUGUGAUGUUGGAGAACUACCAGAAUCUCAUCACACUAGCAGGAUACAAAUCAUGCAAACCUGAUCUCAGCUCUGCAUUAGAAGCAGCAGAAUUGCUGAGGACAGGAGGGAGAGGAGUUCUGCAGGAUCUCAGGCCCUCUGAAGUUGAUAGGGAUAGCCUAGAAAGAGAGGCUGAUGGUCACAACGGGGGCCACUCAGGACCACCCCAGGAGCUUAUCAGAAUCUGGCUACAACUCUCCAAACGAACAUUUCCAACUUUUCCCCCUACCCUUAUAACUUGGAAUCAUUGAGAAAUAAAACUGCCCUUGGCACAAAGCCACAUCAGCUAAGAAAUGUUUCUUAUUAAAUACCCAACUGCUUGUACCAUAUAGGCCUAACUUGGGUAACCCACCUGUAUCACUACCUCCUGAAAUAAGACACAAAUCUUUAACUGACCUAACCUAUUCUCAGGACGAAGAGACUGGUUCAAUGAGAUAUGGAGCAUCUAUCAACUCAGGACAGGUUUAAACCUACUUAUACCAUAUGGCCUCGAACAAUUUAAAUAGAACUAUCAUUCCAUUUGUAACUAAGUGGAUGGAACUAGAGGGUAUUAUGCUAAGUGAAAUUAGAGAAAGACAAAUAUCAUAUGACUUCACACAUAUGAGGACUUUAAGACACAGAACA